CGUGGAAUGACCCUCACCACCCUCUCCUACCAUCUCCUUUAGCAACAUGGAAGUGUAAUGUUUGGCUCAGUGUGUGUGUUGCUGUGGGAAUGAGACUGCGUGGCAGGGAUCUGGAGGAUUCCACCGUCUCCUUGAUACCAAACGUCCUUGGCGUGCAGAGUGUUAGGCUCCGCCUUCGCCUCGAUCGCCGUGACGACAGGGGGAGGGGCUUCUGGCAGCUGGUCGAUCUGGACGGUGAGGCGGCCCAGACUGGGCGGAGGUUACGAGACAGGACGCCACCCACCUGUUCACAAAGUCUGAUGAGUAUUCCUGCCGCCACGUCAGUGCAGUCAGGGGGCGGAGAGAUGCAGUCGCCAGGGGCAAUAAGCCCCGCCUUCCUACCGCCGCCUACUGGCAAGGUCCCCGGGCGUAAGAGGGGUCGUCCACCCAUCAGAAAACCCCCGGAGUACCAGAGCCGUUACCCAGAAUCCAUCCCUCCUGUCAAAGUGCCCAAGAAGAGGGGCAGGAAACCCGGCUUCAAGCUGAAGCCUAGGACGGUGAUGACCCCGUUGGCAAUCUCUCCACCCAGCAGCACCCCAGAGCCAGACAUGAGCUCAAUACCACAGGAUGCAGCCACUGUUCCCCACUCAGCCACGCCACAGGUCCUCACAGUCUGUAUCUAUGUGAAUAAGCAGGUGAACACGGGGCCUAAUCUGGACAGACAGAAGGUUAUGCAGCUACCGGAUCACCUGGGUCCGGCCCGGCCGUCUGUGGUUCUGCAGCAGGCUGUACAGGGCUGUAUCGACAGCGCCUUCCAGCAGAAAUCUGUCUUCACCCUACUCACACAGGGCUACGGAGGAGAAAAGAUAUCAGCUACGUUUGAUGGGAAGCAGCAUCUGUUGAGUUUGCCGGUGGUGAACAGUGUCGGUUACGUGCUGCGUUUCCUAAAGAAGCUCUGCAGGAGACUCCUGUGUGAGAACCUUUUCAGCGACCAGCCCAUCGCGCCUUCCUCGUCCUCUCCCUCCUCUUCGUCCUUCCACGCCGACAAACUCGCCGACGGACAAGCCAAGCCCAAUUCGUCGAUGGGUGACGAUUACCAUGGGGACCACAUGGACCCUAAGCGCUACUCUGUUGAUCCCAGCGACUCCGCCUUCGGUGCGAUGACGUCGCCGUACGCCGCGCCCAAACCGGCCUACGGUUUCCGCUCUGGCCCUGCCUACUCUGGGGGCGUGUGCAGACAGGCGGCCAGUCCCAGUGCAUUCCAGGAGGGAAACAGAAGUGCCUACAGUCCAUCCCCAGAUUCUGGUGAGGCCAAGCCUCCGCCCAGUAAAGACCCGUCGCGCUGGACGGUGGAGGAGGUGGUGUGGUUCAUUAAGGACGCGGACCCCCAGGCCCUGGGGCCUCACGUCGAACUCUUCAGAAAACAUGAGAUAGAUGGAGACGCCCUUCUCCUGCUGAAGAGCGACAUGAUAAUGAAGUACUUGGGACUGAAACUGGGGCCCGCGCUUAAACUCUGCUACCACAUCGACAAGUUAAAACAGAGCAAGUUCUAACCCAACUCCUACCUUACCCUACCACACCCAGCCUCUCAACU